AUGAAGGCUCUCACACCUAAAGUGAUCCAAGAAAACUAUUAUACGAAGUACUCUUAAUUGUCUGAAGAAUGCAAUAACAAACCAGAAAAAUUGAGAGCUCUUUUAAAAUAAUUGAAUGAUGAAGUUGGGAUUUACUUAUCAAAAAAGAAACCAGUCAAAAGUACUUUUUAAAUUCAUUUAGAACAAAUUCAGUUCCCUAAUAAGGAUGUCUUAUAAAAAGAAUAAAUGAAUAAUGUUGAAAUUUUGAAAAGAUUAAAAUUUUAGAUUCAUUAACAAUAGAAAAGAUUAACCAUUUUAGAAUAAAAAACCAUGAAAAUAGAUUUAGAAAAUAAAAUUUCAUAAUGUGAAGAUAAUAUAAAAACACUUGCCUAAUAAAUAGAAACCUAAAAGAAAAUCACUCAACGAUAAGGAAAGGAAAUCACUCAAAUUGAAGAACAACAAGGAGUUUCUGCACUCCAAAAUGAAAUCCGAUAAAUCGAAAAAUCCAUAUAAGAAUAUCAAUUAAAAAACUAUUAAUUAUAUGAAUUGAUUGAUAAUGAACAGAAAAAAUUUCAAUAGUUUUCAGAAUACCAGUCCAAAGUAAGAGACAAGGUCAUUUUUAAAGAAUAAUAAAGUGCUGCCAUUUUAGAGUAAGACCCAUAAAUAGAAUAACAAUAUUUAAAAAUCUAACUUCAAAUAUAAAAUCAGGAAAGGCAUAAGAAAAUAAUUGAUGAGAAAUAUUAGGCUGAUCUUAAACUAUUCAAAUAGGAUAUCAAUCAUAAAUCAAAAUAAUUGGUGGAACUUGAAAAUUGUAUUAGUAAAAUCCAUUUGGAAAUAAUAUAAAUUAAUGAACAAUGCCAAAGAUUUAAAGAAUUCUAAAUGAAAAGAUCCUCAUAAAUUCGCCAAAGAAUUAAAAAAUCAUAAUAUUUAAAUCAACAAUCAUAUUAAGGUCAGGAAGAUGAUUAAUCAGAACAUAAUUUAUAAAUAUUAUCUAAAAGUUUCACUAGUCCUUAAUAAAUUGAUAAUUCAGUUUAACUUAAUCAGGAAACAGACUGUGAAUAAAAAAAUCAAAAAAAAUUUUCAACUAUAUUAGAAGAUUUAAAUGAUGGAAAAUAAGACCAAAAUCAACCCAAUAAUGAAAAUUCAAACGAAGAUACCAACUAAUUAAAGGAUGAAACCAAAAAUGAUGAAACUAAAAAUGAGGAAACAAAUAAUUAGGUUUAGACUCAAGAUCAAGAAAUCCUUGAAAAAUAAUAGGAAUCUCAAAAAAUAGAAUAACAAUCAUAAUCUGGAUGA